AUGCAGUUAUAUCAUCAUCCGUUUGAUUUGGACAGCCAGAAGGUGAGACUUGCAUUAGAAGAAAAGGGAAUUGAUUAUACAUCUUUCCAUGCCAACCCUAUAACUGGCAAGAACUUGGAUUCCACACUCUUCCAGAUGAAUCCCAGCGGAAGCCUCCCUGUUUUCCAAAAUGGAUCUCACAUCAUUUAUAAGACUAUUGAUAUAAUUCAGUACAUUGAAAGAAUUGCUGUGGUCUCCGCAGGGUCUGAGGAUAUCAGUAGCAAUAGGAAGGAAGUGAUUGAAUGGAUGCAGAAGAUACAAGAAUGGAAUCCUAAAUAUUUUUCCCUCUCUCAUAUACCAGACAAACACCUAGUUUAUGUUUCCAAGUUCAUAAGGCGUGUGGUGAUAGCUCGUAUGUCGGAGUCCCCUGAAUUAGCAGGUGCAUACCAUAGGAAGUUAAGAGAAGCCUAUCAAACCGACGAAAAAUUGAAAGACCCUGAUGUUUUGAGAAGGAGCGAGGAGCAUUUGGUUAGACUACUUGAUGAAGCCGAAAGACAACUGAGUGAAACACCUUAUUUGGCAGGCGAAGAGUUUACAAUGGCCGAUGUGAUGCUCAUUCCGGUUUUGGCUCGUUUGAAACUCUUGGAUUUAGAGAAUGAGUACAUAACAGGGAGGCCAAAUAUUGCUGAGUAUUGGAUUUUGGUUCAGCAGAGGCCUAGUUACAAAAAGGUGAUUGGUAAGCAUUUUGAUGGUUGGAGAAAGCACAAAACAUUGUUCAAAACUUGGUGCUUUGUUCGAAUUAGAAGUUUGCUUAAGCGGUACUAG